AUGGGUUCUUCUCAAUUCUUCCUAAACAACAAGAAGAUGAAGCUAGCUGACAUCUUAUAUGAAAGUUCAUGGGCUUUACCAAGUGAAAUCCAGGCUGUGCUAAUAAAUCAAAAAUUACCUGAAACAUUUGGGGAUGAAGAUGAAUUGAUAUGGAAUGAUGAUAUUAAAGGUACAUUUACAAUGCCAGCAGCAACAAAUAAGCUCAGACACAAGGAAACUAGAAAGCAUUGGUCAAGGUAUGUAUGUAAUAACUUUUUACAUCCUAGUAUUGCAAGCAAUAUUUGGAAAUUAGUGCAAGGAAUUUACAUUGAUGAUGCAAUUAUGGUGAGUAAUGGGUAUGAUUUAGCAUCUAGAUGUUGUGUCUGUGAAAAAGAUCAGGAUAGUAUGAACCAGUUACUCUGGAAUUGUGUUGUUAGUGUUGAAAUAUGGGAAUGGAUUUCAGCCAUUUUUCAGUUCAAGGCUCCUAAAUCAUUUGAAGAUGUAUGGAAGUGUGCAAAAAAUAAAAGUCCUCUCAUACAACAAAUCUUGAUUACAGCUUCUUGUGUCAUUCUAAAGGAAAUAUGGUUUCAGAAGAACAAGAAAUAUUUUGAAGAGGUUAAACCAAAUGUGCAGAAAAUUCAAAGAAAAGUAAUCAAGUAUGUGAAGGAGGGCGGUCUGAGAAUGAAAGGGCAUAAAUGGAGUCAGGUUUAUGAUGAUCAGAUAAUAAAUUUCUUCAGCUUGGGGCACAAAAGCACAAAAUUUCAGUGUAUCAGAGCUUGUUUCUGGUCUCCUCCAACAAAUGGCUACAUCCUCUUUUGCUGUGAUGGUUCAUCAUUUGGAAAUCCAGGAGCAACAUGUUUUGGUGUGGUCACAGAGAUGAAUUUUGCAAGGUAA